CUAUACAUAACCUAGAAAUUACACGUGGAAGGGGUGGACAAUUAGCUCGAGCAGCGGGUGCAAUGGCGAAACUGAUUGCAAAAGAGGGUAAAUCAGCUACAUUAAAAUUACCUUCUGGCGAGGUCCGUUUUAUAUCCCAAAACAGCUCCGCAACAAUAGGACAAGUCGGGAAUGUUGGGUUCAACCAAAAAAAUUUGGGUAGAGCUGGAGCUAAACGAUGGCUAGGUAAGCGUCCUGUAGUCAGAGGAGUAGUUAUGAACCCCGUAGACCAUCCACACGGGGGCGGUGAGGGUAGAGCUCCUAUUGGGAGAAAAAAACCUACAACCCCUUGGGGUUAUCCCGCACUUGGAAGAAAAACUAGAAAGAGGAAUAAAUAUAGUGAGAAGCUCAUUCUUCGUCACCGCAGUUAAUAUAAUAGUAUAAUAUAGUUAAUAGAGUGAAUAUACUUAAUGUAAUAUAUAUAGUAUAAAAAUUAAUAUAAUAGAACAAAUUAAAUUUAUUCAUUCAAUUAU